UGAGAAUAUUUACUAUGUAAAAACAUCUAAUAUAGGGCCUAGGACAAAGUAGGCAUUCAAUAAAUACAUGUAUAUACACAUACACACAUUGUAGCUCUUUCCAAAUGCCCCUUCUGAAUGUCCUAAAGGAUACAUGUAAUAGAUACUUUAAUUUUAUCUUUGAUUUAGCAUGACUGCUAUCUUCCUGAUGUCCGUGCUUUUUGGCCUUGCAUGUGGGCAAGCAAUGUCUUUUUGUAUUCCAACUGAGUAUAUGAUGCAUGUCGAAAGGAAAGAGUGUGCUUACUGCCUAACUAUCAACACCACCAUCUGUGCUGGAUAUUGUAUGACACGGGAUUUCAAUGGCAAGCUGUUUCUUCCCAAAUUUGCUCUGUCCCAGGAUGUUUGUACUUAUAGAGACUUCAUGUACAAGACUGUAGAAAUACCAGGAUGCCCACACCAUGUUACUCCUUAUUUCUCCUACCCUGUAGCUGUGAGCUGUAAGUGUGGCAAGUGUGAUACAGACUACAGUGACUGUAUACAGGAGGCCGUCAAGAUGAACUACUGCACCAAACCUCAGAAACCCCAUGUGGUGGGAUUGUCUAUCUAACUUCAAUAGUGAUGUAAUUUGCAAUUUGGUUCAAUAUGUUUACCUGGAAUAAAACUAAUAAAAUAUCAAUAUAUUUC